CAGUAUUUUUUCAAUCUAAAAACCCUUGCUUGCCUAACCAAAAGAAACCCUACUUCUCGUGCGUCUCUCGCGGGUUUUGAAACAAAAUAUAAACACGUAGAAAUCGAAUUUGUCGGUGAAUUUAAUUUCAAAAUUGGGGAUUCAUUGGGGGUUUUAAAUCGCCUGGGUCGGAUUCAAACCCUAAUUCAUGUUUCGUGAUCGUGAUCGCCGAGUUUUGGGGAGGAAUCGACUUUGUCGUGCUGUGUUGUUGGUUUAGAUCUGAAAAAGCGCACAGUCAUGUAUGAUGGAAUGUGAACAUUGUAGAGUCUCGGUCUGUUCUGCUUAUUGUACAUGGAAGAUAGAGAGGAGAGCACCCAUGGUACUGCAAUUCCCAAAAAAUCGAGAUCUUUGGAUCUGAAGAGUUUGUAUAAACCAAAACUGAGAAAAGAGAGUCCAGAGAAGGGCUUAAAGAGGAAAGGGAGUCAUCCUGGGGGUGUUUAUGAGAAUACGAACAAGAAAAAGAAGACCAGAAAGGAAGUGUCUCUAAGUAGCUUAGAGAAUGCUGAUGCUGGCAACAAGAAGGUUAUUGAUGAAGAAUUUCAGAAAGGGCAUGGUCCUGGCAGGCAGGAAUUGUGCGAACAAAAGUUGGAGCCAAAGCAGGGAUCAGGUACCAAUACUUUGCUGAAUAAAGGCUCGUUAUGUUUUGAUGAAAAUGUUUACAUUCCAAAGCGAAGGAGGGAUUUUGUGGGGAGAAGGAAAAUUGAAGUUGGCUUGGCUCCGAAGUUGGCUGGAGAGUCUAGUAAUACAGGUGACCAUGGUGAUCAGAUACUUAAGUUAAGUAGUGAUGAUUUGGACAAGGGGAUUGAGUCGUCAAAGAUCAAACACAAACGAGAUUUUGAUGAGUUUAAGGGAACUAAGAGUAAAUCUGCUGUAAAGAGUGGUGAUUCCUCCUCAAAGAAGUCACUGAAGAAGGACAGAAAGCUAAAGGCAUUUGCUCCAGAUAGAAAUAGGGUUGCAACGGAGGUUAAGCCUCGUAUUGAUAGUAGUAAAACAUCUGAUUACAAGCAAAAGGCUGUGGCUCCGGAUAGGGGCAGGGUUGCCAAGGAGGCUCGACCUCUGAUUGAUGAUGGUAAAACAUCUGACUACAAGCAAAAGUCUUUGGCUCCAGAUAGAAAUAAAGUUGCCAAAGAGGUUAAGCCUCUGAUUGAUGCUAAUAAAAUAUCUGAUUAUAUGCGGGAAGAUGAGGAGGAGAAUCUUGAAGAGAAUGCAGCAAGGAUGCUGUCUUCACGAUUUGAUCCAAAUUAUGCCGGCUUUUGUUCAAGUAGUAAGCCCUCUACAUUGCCAUCAUCAAAUGGGUUGUCCUUUUUGAUCUCUUCGAGUCGGAAUAUUGAUAGUUGUGCGUCUAAGUAUCAUUCAGGCUCAGAAUCAGCAUCAGUUGAUACUGCUGGCAGAGUCUUGAGACCGAGGAAACAAUACAAUGAAAAAGGUCGUUCCCGCAAGAGGCGGCACUUUUAUGAAAUUUCAUUAGGUGACUUAGAUAAACAUUGGAUACUGAACCAGAGAAUUAAGGUGUUUUGGCCUUUGGACCAAAUUUGGUAUCAUGGUCUUGUCGAUGACUAUAACAAAGAAACAAAGUGUUAUCAUGUCAAAUAUGAUGAUCGAGAAGAAGAAUGGAUUAAUCUCGAAACGGAGAGGUUCAAACUCCUGCUACUUCCAAGUGAAGUUCCUGGAAAAGCAGGGAAAAAAAGAGCAGUAAGGAAAAAUAAAAGCUCUGGCCAGCAAAAGGGAAGCCUGUCCAGCAAAGAAAGGCAAAUAAGAGAUGUGAUUACUGAGAAUAAUAGCUGUGGUGAAAGCUGUAUGGACACAGAGCCUAUAAUCUCUUGGUUGGCUCGAUCUUCCCAUCGGUUUAAAUCUUCUGCCUUUAAUGGGGUUAAGAGAAAGAAAAAUCCUAUUACACUUCCAGGUACAGCCUCAUCACUAUGCAACGAAGCUGUAAAAACAGGGAGGCCCUUAGUUGAGAGUUCCCCGAGGGAUGGGAAAAACAGCUUUUCCGGAGAUUCUUUAUCAGAAGAUAAAUUAGGUGAUAACUUUGGGGGUAAGUCUCCAUUGCAAAGCUUCAAUUGCCCUAAAGAUGACAAACGACCUAUUGUCUAUUUUAGAAGGCGGUUUCGUAAGCCAACCCCAAUGUUACAUCAUAUUUCUCUAAAUAAACAUGUUAACACGACUGCAUCUUGUUCCAUUUCUUUUGAUCCUGUGGCUGUUGGGCCUAUGGAUGUAAAAGAGUCCAAUGAUGUGAGGGGUGAGAUGGAGGGACCAUUGUGUUACACACAUAAUGGGGGGGUUUUAAAAUUUUUUUUGGAAACUGGUUCAGCAACGUUCAAGUUUGGCUUAAAGUAUCCAACACAAUCUGUGUUGAAUGGCUCGUUCAAAUUAGAGAAUUUGUGGUUGUUCCGUGCUAUUCUGCUACUUAAGUAUGGUACAGUUAUGAGCCUGUGGCCAAGAGUUCAUUUGGAGAUGCUUUUUGUUGACAAUGUGGCUGGACUGAGGUUUCUCUUAUUUGAAGGCUGCUUGAUGAUGGCUGCAGCCUUUGUCUUUUGUGUCCUUCGGUUAUUUCAUCAACCUGCUGAACAGGGGAAGUAUAUUGACGUGCAGUUGCCUGCUACAUCGAUCCGAUUCAGGUUUUCUAGUGUUUAUGGUAUAAGGAAGCCUCUUGUGUUCACAUUUUACAAUUUCUCCAGAGUGAAGAAUUCAAAAUGGUUGUAUUUAGAUUCAAAACUUCAGAGACAUUGCUUACUCGGUAAGCAGCUCCAUCUCUCCGAAUGCACAUAUGAUAACAUCCAGGCGCUUCAAAAUCAAUCUAGUGAGUAUCCAAUUAAGUCCAUCAGAGGGAACCCGUUAGUGAAGGUCAUGCAGAAGAGGAUUAGGCCAGGGAUUAACAUUAUGGGUGUUUCCAGAGAGUUUUCUCAGGCCGAUACCAGUGAAUAUUCUGACUCUGGCAAGAGGAAGAUUCCUCCAUUUUCACUUUCUUUUGCUGCUGCACCUACAUUUUUUAUUAGUUUACAUCUGAAGUUGCUGAUGGAAAAGUCAGUAGCUCAUAUUAGCUUUUGUGAUCAUGCACUGGUAGAUGAUGAGGAAGACUUUUGUCCGAUGACAGAUGACUGCUCUAGCAUCGAUGAUUGCUCUAACCGGAAUGCAGAAUUUAAUGUGAAGAAAAAUAUGAUUACUUUGUCAAAGGAUGCGGUGCCUGAUGGAUUGACUUGUGCCAAGCCAGAUUUAUUAAUUAGUCCAUCUAAUUGCAGUGAUCAAGUUCUCUCCCAAAAUUACCAGAAUAUUGAUCGUAGUGCUGAUAGAACUUCCAUAUUGGAUUGUUCUGAGAGGCAUCGCAAUGUUCAGUUACCAGACUGGCAAACAUGUCACUUUGACCAUUCUUUUCCUUCAAAUUCUUUAUCUGAUAAGAUUAAAGCCAAUGAUGAUUCUCAUUCUUUCCUGUGCGAUUUGAGUAUACAAAUACCUUCUGUUGAUCAAUUUGAGAAACCUUGUGAUGGUGAUUUGCGUGAUGCUCAACACUCUUCUGAUUUUUCCUGGAAUGCAAAUGGAGGUGUCAGUCUCAGCCCCAACCCAACAGGUCCCAGAAGUUCUUGGCAUCGGAACAGGAAUAAUUCCUCAUCUUUUGGAUUCCAGUCUCAUGGGUGGUCUGAUGUGAAGGGUGAUUCUCUUCACAAUGGUUUAAGCAGUGGACCUAAGAAACCAAGGACACAAGUACAUUAUUCAGUGCCUAUUUCUGGGUAUGAUUACAAUUCAAGGCACAGAAGCCAUUAUCAGAGACAGAGAGGGUUGCCUCACAAGCGAAUUAGAAAGGCUAAUGAGAAGAAAUCAUUGGAUGUUGCUAGGAGUCCUGAAAAGAAUCUGGAGGCCUUAUCCUGUGGUGCUAAUGUGUUGAUUACCCUUGCUGAUAAGGGGUGGAGAGAAUCCGGUGCUCGAGUUGUACUAGAAUUGUUUGAUCGUAACGAGUGGAAACUUUCUGUAAAACUUGCAGGUAUUACAAGGUAUUCAUACAAAGCACAUCAGUUUCUGCAGACUGGAUCAACAAAUCGUUACACUCAUGCUAUGAUGUGGAAAGGAGGGAAGGAUUGGAUCUUAGAAUUUCCUGAUCGGAGUCAGUGGGCUGUUUUCAAGGAGAUGCACGAGGAAUGCUACAACCAGAACAUCCGUGCUGCUUCAGUUAAAAAUAUACCUAUUCCUGGUGUUGUCUUGAUAGAAGAAAAUUAUGAUAAUGAAGCUGAAGCUACUUUUGUUCGUGGCUCUAAAUAUUUUCGACAAGUUGAAACAGACGUAGAGAUGGCUCUGAAUCCAUUGCAUGUAUUGUAUGAUUUGGAUAGUGAAGACGAGCAGUGGAUUUUGACUAUUCAAAAUUCUGAGAAAGAUAAUGGUUUCAUGGAUGGGAUCUCCAAUGAGAUGUUUGAGAAAACAAUAGACAUGUUUGAGAAGGCUGCAUAUGCUCAGCAGCGUGAUCAUUUUACUCCAACUGAAAUAGAGGAACUGACUGUUGAUGUUGGGCCCUUCUGUGUAACCAAAAUCAUUUAUGAAUAUUGGCAGCAGAAAAGGCAGAAGAAGGGAAUGCCGUUAAUACGACAUUUUCAGCCACCUCUAUGGGAAAGAUAUCAACAUGAACUGAGGGAGUGGGAAGUUGCCGUGACGAAGAAUAAUAUUCCCAUUUCUAAUGGGUGCUUGGACAAGGGUGUGGCUUUGGAGAAGCCAGCUAUGUUUGCUUUCUGUUUGAAACCAAGAGGUUUGGAAGUACCAAACAAAGGAUCAAAACAUCGAUCACAAAAGAAAAUUUCGGUCUCAGGCCAUUCAAACAAUGUUCUGUAUGAACAGGAUGGGUUCCAUCCUUACGGACGAAGAUUCAAUGGGUUGGCAUAUGGUGAUGAAAAGUUUGCAUUCCCAGGGCAUAAUUAUGAUUCGGUGGAUGAUUCCCCAUUGCCCCAAAUCUCUCCGAUAUUCUCACCCCGGGACGUUGGCAGCAUGGGAUAUUAUUCUAUAAACAACCGUUAUGACAGAAAUCAUAUACCCAAAUAUAACAGGCACAAGUCAAGGAAAUUUGGAUCAUUUGGGUUUCAUAAUGAUUCCUAUAAUCAGAGAAUUUCAUCUUCAGGGAAGAAAACUGGGGAUGGUAGGUGGAAUGUGGGUUAUUAUGACUUGGCAGGCCACAGGCAGUACCUGUUGGAUGGUUCUCAGAGACAUGGGAUUGAUCAAACUGAUGGUCCAGAUCUCUAUGAACUUAGAGUGCGUGAUGCCUCUGGAGCUGCUCAGCAUGCAGUUAGCAUAGCUAGAAUGAAGAGAGAGAGAGCUCAGAGAUUGCUUUACAGAGCGGAUCUAGCAAUUCACAAAGCUGUGGUUGCUCUUGUGACCGCUGAAGCAAUGAAAGCUUCUGAAGAUUCCAAUGGUGAUGGGUAGAUAAAACAAGAAUGUCUGACUCUGAUAACUUCAUGGAUCCCUCCAGUUUGCAAUUGAGCUGCACAGGGGCUGGCAGCAAGUAGACUCAGCAGUGAGUUUACCAGACAAAGCCAUUGGUUCGACUUUGUUAAUGGCUGUGGCCUAUUGUCAUUAUACUGAACUUCAAGCCGUGAGAGCUGAAAUCAAUGGGAUGGAGGUAGUUUUGUUACUUCAAAGUGCAACUCUUUUGCACGGUUUGCUGGCACCUUCCCCAGCUAUGCCUAGUUCAGUAAUGUUGUUGCGCUGAUCUGCGUGGUAUGGAUCUAUGGAAUUUUGGCUGCCUAUAUUUUGUACAGAAUUUUUUCCCCUUGACCUCAGUUUCAAAUGUUAAAUAUGAAAAUAGAAAUCGGCCAAAUAAUACAACACCACCUUGAAUGGAA